CACUGUUAUUCUCAGCCUCAUAACUUACAUUCCUAUCAAUAAGUUUGAUUCCAGCGCUACAUACGUAAGCUUUUAGAUCGUCAACCGCAGGAAUAUUACCUGUGUAGAGAGAAACAUUGUGAGCACGUGCUUGCACACGCGACACGAUGGCUUCAGUCGGGGAAGGUACAACGCGAGAAAAAGAGGACGCAUUUCUUCUGACAGCUUCAUUCUGGAAACGCUUCGUCGUCGUUCUUUCCAUUUCCCUGUCCGUGGCAGGCCUGAUUUUGAGCGCAAUUGCGAGUUUGAUGCAUGAGGAUAUCAGCCACCAACGACGACUCACGAUCUCGGGUAUCAUAAUCAAUGCAUCUUCAAUCUCGCUCUCGGCCUUGACGAGUUUGGAUUGGAAAAGGCAGAAGACGCAUGACAGGGUCUUUGCCGAUCAGUUGUGUAGGAUCGCUCAUGCGCAAGUCGAUGGAGACGGUCAGAUUGUGAUCGGUGCUAAAGACUCGAAAAACUUGUCAUGAAGGUAGAAUGGAAGAGCAAAAUGGCAAGAGCCGACUCCGGGUGUGUUUGGUCAAGAACGGUGCUUGGAUAAAUGUGGGACAUUCAAAUGGGUGAAAAUUGUGUGUUGGAGCACAUCAUAGCAGGGUAUCAUUUUAAUUUCUUGAUCCUAUCUCAAACCAAGAAU